GUUCGAGACGCUGCGCGUGCAGGCCCCUACUUUCUGGAACACUCCGUGGAAUCGCGCUAUAUAAAGGCGCCGCGCGCGCUGCUUCUCCAUCACAGUGCACGUAGAGUGAAAGAGGCAGAGAGAGAGGAAGAGAGAGAAAGACAUCACAGAACCGGCUAGCGUUGCGCUUAAACUCCUCAGCUGUUUCAUAGCGAAAAACUCUUCGACCACACAAGAUGCCAGAAGCACAUGACCAGCCAAUGGAGGAAGAGGCAGAGACCUUUGCCUUCCAGGCAGAAAUUGCUCAGCUGAUGUCUCUGAUCAUCAACACCUUCUAUUCGAACAAAGAAAUCUUUCUCAGGGAGCUGAUCUCUAAUUCCUCUGAUGCAUUGGACAAAAUCCGAUACGAAAGUCUGACUGAUCCAAGUAAACUAGAUUCGGGAAAAGACCUAAAAAUUGAAAUCAUUCCCAACAAAGAGGAUCGCACCCUGACCAUCAUCGACACUGGCAUUGGCAUGACUAAGGCUGAUCUCAUCAACAAUUUGGGAACCAUCGCCAAGUCCGGGACCAAGGCAUUCAUGGAGGCUCUGCAGGCUGGAGCCGACAUCUCUAUGAUUGGUCAGUUUGGUGUUGGGUUCUACUCAGCCUACCUGGUAGCUGAGAAAGUCACGGUGAUCACCAAACACAAUGAUGAUGAGCAGUAUGCCUGGGAAUCAUCUGCUGGAGGCUCAUUCACAGUAAAGGUGGAUACCUCUGAAUUAUUUAAGCGUGGCACAAAGGUGAUUCUUCAUUUGAAGGAGGAUCAGACCGAAUACAUCGAAGAGAAGCGAAUUAAGGAGAUUGUGAAGAAGCACUCACAGUUCAUUGGCUAUCCUAUCACCUUAUAUGUGGAAAAAGAACGUGACAAGGAGGUGAGUGAUGACGAGGUUGAGGAAGAGAAAGAGAAGGAAAAAGAUGAGGAGGAGGAGGAGGAGGAGGGAGAAAAAGAUGUUGAUAAACCAGAGAUUGAAGAUGUCGGCUCAGACGACGAGGACCAUGACAAGAGCGCCGAUAAGAAGAAGAAGAAGAAAAUUAAGGAGAAGUAUAUUGACCACGAAGAGCUAAAUAAGACUAAGCCUUUGUGGACCAGAAACCCUGAUGACAUCACUAACGAGGAGUAUGGAGAGUUCUACAAGAGCCUGACGAACGAUUGGGAGGAUCACCUUGCUGUUAAACAUUUCUCAGUGGAAGGGCAGCUGGAGUUCCGUGCUCUGCUCUUUGUACCACGAAGAGCUCCUUUCGAUCUAUUUGAGAACAAGAAAAAGAAAAACAACAUCAAGCUCUAUGUUCGUAGAGUCUUCAUCAUGGACAACUGUGAUGAGCUCAUUCCAGAGUAUCUGAACUUCAUAAAGGGUGUGGUGGACUCUGAGGACCUGCCUCUGAACAUCUCCAGAGAGAUGCUGCAGCAGAGUAAGAUCCUGAAAGUCAUUCGGAAAAACCUCGUCAAGAAGUGCCUUGAGCUCUUCACUGAACUUGCAGAGGACAAGGAUAACUAUAAGAAGUAUUAUGAGCAGUUCUCCAAAAAUAUCAAGCUUGGUAUCCAUGAGGACUCUCAGAAUAGGAAAAAGCUCUCUGAGCUGCUGCGCUACUACACCUCUGCCUCCGGGGAUGAGAUGAUGUCCCUCAAAGAUUACGUCACUCGCAUGAAGGACACCCAGAAGCACAUCUACUACAUUACUGGUGAGACAAAGGAACAGGUGGCCAACUCUGCUUUUGUGGAAAGGCUGCGCAAAGCUGGCCUUGAGGUUAUCUACAUGAUCGAGCCCAUCGAUGAGUACUGUGUUCAGCAGCUAAAAGAAUUUGAGGGCAAAAACCUUGUGUCUGUGACCAAGGAGGGUCUGGAGCUGCCUGAGGAUGAGGACGAAAAGAAGAAGCAGGAGGAGAAGAAGACACAGUUUGAGAACCUUUGCAAGAUCAUGAAGGAUAUUCUAGAAAAGAAGGUUGAGAAGGUUACUGUCUCCAAUCGCCUUGUUUCCUCCCCAUGCUGCAUUGUGACCAGUACAUACGGCUGGACAGCCAACAUGGAGAGAAUCAUGAAGGCCCAGGCACUGAGGGACAAUUCCACCAUGGGCUACAUGGCUGCUAAGAAACACCUAGAGAUCAACCCUGAUCACCCUAUCAUCGAAACCCUGCGACAAAAAGCAGAGGCUGACAAGAAUGACAAGUCUGUAAAGGAUCUGGUCAUCUUGUUAUUUGAAACUGCACUUCUCUCAUCAGGCUUCAGUCUUGAUGAUCCUCAGACACACUCGAACCGCAUCUACAGGAUGAUCAAACUGGGCUUGGGCAUUGAUGAGGAUGACCUGUCGACUGAAGAGCCCAGCUCUGCCCCCAUCGAGGACAUGCCCCCUCUGGAAGGGGAUGACGACACAUCCCGCAUGGAGGAGGUUGAUUAAUACUGCAUUGUUUGUCAGUUCAUAGUUCUGUAAAAUUUGUACAGGUUUAAAUUGGUGGGUUCGAGAUGCACCUGGGUGACCGCCGUUGCAUAAGUGACAACCGCAUGAGUUCCCUUGUGUAAAAAGAUGCAUGUGUUUUUCACUAAGGCUGUAUCAAAACAAGUAAAGAUAAAGCCAACAUUUUCCAGAUACUGUUGUUCUGUUAUUGCACUAAGUGGAAAACUUGCCAGACCUAACCUGUGUCUGGAAAUGUGUAGAUCAUCAUAUGAAGAAUGAGUUAGUGAUGAAUAAAUGCAACAUUAAUACUAGAAAUACAAUUCUAUGUUUGAGAUUGCCACUCGAUUGUGCAGCCAUACCUGGCUAGGUACCUGGGUGCUAACUGAGCCCACUUGGUAUUAAUUUUGGAUAUUGAUGUUCUUGCCUUUUUAUUACUGGUUUCAAAUCAGGAUUGUGGAAGUGUAGCUUUUCCCUUUAUUUUCUUUAUUUUUCCUUUUUUAUUUUGAUUUGUGUGCAUUUUUUUUUUUAUUUACAUUCCACAAGUCUUUCUUCAGCAAGAGAAAUACAGUGUAUCUGAUAUUGUAAGUUAAUGUUACAAUUACAAAAUAAAUUUCAUUUAAAAUGA